AUGUCGUUUCUGCAAAACUUCCAUUUGAGUCCAGGACAAACCAUCAGAUCAACAAGAGGUUUCAAAUGGAAUACAACUGCUAAUCAUGGUGAUGCUUUGCCAUCACCCCAAAAAGACAGACCUCUAUCCAAUGUUCCGAUCAAUGGUGAAGUAGCUGAUCCAUGGUCUACACCAACAAAGACUCCAAGGUAUUCCCAACAACCGCCUUCAGGUCUUGAUAACUUAGCAACUUUGCAGGAAUUCAGGACUCAACAAGGGCACCAACAUGGAGCCGAUGGUAACGUUACAGACUUUAACUAUACACCCUCACAUCAAAAGCCCUUUCUGCAGCCAACCGAAGGUACUACUGUAACGAGUCAUCAAGAUUUAAAGCAAAUUGUGGAAAUGACCUUAGGUUCCGAAGGUGUGUUAAAUCAAGCGGUAAAAUUGCCUCGUGGUGAAAAUGAAAACGAAUGGUUAGCUGUACACUGUGUGGAUUUUUACAAUCAAAUUAAUAUGCUAUAUGGUACUAUUACAGAAUUCUGUUCACCACAAUCGUGCCCGAGAAUGAUUGCUACUAAUGAAUACGAAUAUUUAUGGGCAUUUCACAAGGGACAACCUCCAGUCGCUGUUUCUGCGCCCAAAUAUGUGGAAUGUCUAAUGAGGUGGUGUCAGGAUCAAUUUGAUGACGAAACGAUUUUCCCUGCAAAGACGUCAGGUCAAUUCCCAUCAAAUUUUAUUUCCAAGUAUGUGGUACAAAUGUUAAGAAGAUUGUUCAGAGUCUAUGCGCAUAUGUAUUGUCACCACUUCAACGAAAUUUUGGAAUUAAAUCUACAGACAGUUUUAAACACUAGCUUUAGACAUUUUUGCCUGUUUGCUCAGGAAUUCGAAUUAUUAAAACCUGCAGAUUUUGGUCCUCUAUUAGAGCUCGUUAUAGAGUUGAGGGACAGGUAG